AUAUCAUUUAAAACUAUUCUACAGUUGCAUAGGUUCGCAUGGCUGCCAAUGAUUGGAAGAAAUACGUUCGAUGGUUUACUGUUUGUAAAUUAAUUAGCAAAGAUCAUCCGAUUAACUUACCGAAUAGUACAUUGGAAGAAUUUAUCAAUUUACUUAAGGAUGGUGUCAUUCUAUGUAAUCUAUGCAAUGUUUUAAAGCCCGAUAUUCUACCAUUAACACAUUUCUCUUACAGACCGAAUAAUUCAAAGUUUCUUAGCACCAGAAAUAUUAACGCAUUUAGAGAAACAUGCUCAUAUUUUGGAUUAGAAUCAAAGGAUAUAUUUGAAAUAACCGAUUUUUUUAAAGUUAACGGCUUUCCUAUUCUUCGAACUUUAUACAAACUUUCAGAAAGUAAAUUUUCUAAAGAUUGGGAUCCAUAUGGCUACAGUCUACCAGAAGACGAAAACGGUUCUUCUCCAUCCCGACCAGGAGCAAUUUAUAUAAAUCUUUCAGUUAGUAACUCAAAUAGGGAGGAGGAAGAGGAUAGCAUCUAUCAGAAAUUACUCGGUAAAACCAACCUAAAUUCGACAGAUUCUACAGAUGGAAUAAACUAUGCCCUCAAUGAACUUCUCGAAACGGAAGAAAUAUAUUUGAAUAAGAGUUUACUUCCGAUAAAAACGUUUUUUAUGAUUCCGCUGAAAGGUAAAAUUUGUGAAAGUGAUCACAAGAUCAUUUUUAAUGGUAUUGAUCGGCUAAUAUCCUUUCACAAAGUAUUUUUACAACAACUCCAAGAAGUGAUCAACUCCAAAAACAAUAUAGGACAAAUAUUUUUGAAUAAUAGAGUAAAUUUUUCCAUGUACGGCGAUUAUUGUGCAAAUAUUCCUGUUAUUGAGGAUACUUUGAUGAAAUUUUCGAAAGCAAAUUUGCAGCUUUUCUUUGAUUGCGAAAAGAAUAUGAGUGACUCAAUUGACUAUUGUUUCUCCACAAUGGAACUAUUGAAAGUUCCAAUGAUGAGAUUAACAAAAUAUCCGUUAAUCCUUUCAAAUUUAUACCUAUCCGACAACUAUUCUCCUAAGGAGAAGGGUACCAUUAAAAAGGCGCAAUACGCAAUAGAAGAUAUAUUAAAAUACACGAAUGAAAUGCUAAGAGACACUGAGAUGCUGAUAAACACCUCCCAAAUACAAAAAGAAGUCGAAGGACUUUUACCUUCAAGUCAGAAUUUAACAGAUUUUGGACAUUUCUUAUUGGAUGGUGAAUUUAUGGUAAGUACAAAGAACAACUUUGCAAAAUACAAUAAAAAACAACUUGACACUUUUUUUACUGGAAGGAAACAGAUAAGAUACCAAUUUUUUUUUCAACUAAUGAUAACAUGCUUAUUUUUCUUACGCAUAACUAAGAAAUAAACGACUAUUUUAUUAUUCCCUUAAUAGAUUGACGAUAAACGCAGAUAUAUUCUGUUAUUUGACGAUGUUCUAUUCGUUUUAAAAAAGAAGCAGAAUAAUGGUAAUCAAUAUAAAGUUAAAAGGCAAUAUUAUCUACGCGAUUAUAAAUAUUCACUACUAGAUAAUUCCAAAUCUAAAAAAUGGCAAUAUGGAAUAAAGUUAUCUUCCGUGGAUAAUCCUACAGAAAAAUUGAUUAUAAACGCAAGAGAUAAUACAGCUUUUGAAAGUUUAGAGAGUAGUGUUAAAACAUUAUUCGAAAAGUUUGAUCAUUAUUUUGUUAAAAAUCAUAACUUUUCUCUAAAAACAUUUCAAACGAAAACUCCUGUUUUCUGUAAUUUUUGUACUUAUACAUUAAAAGGUAUUAUUCGUCAAGGAUAUCAAUGCUCCAAUUGCUUUAUCAAGUCUCAUUUCGAAUGUCUAAAUCAAGGUGAUAAAUACGAUUGUAUUUUUAACGAAACUAAACUGGGCCAUACUGAAGAUUUAACAAAUAUGCCUUGGUUAGAUAUACAUUUAUAUUAUUAAUUGUAUUGUUUGUAAUAAUAAUUUGUAUUAUUCAAAUAUAGGUAUGCAGGAUUUAUGACUAAGGAGGAAGCAAAAAAUAUUUUAACUGCCUCUGUACAAGGGAAAUUCCUUGUUAGAGAGACGAGGUUGAAUAAUCAAAGUUUUUUCACUAUAACUGUAAGAGUGAAACAUAAUCCGAAGCAUGUUAGAAUUGAAAAAAGGGCUAAUUGUGUUUAUGUAUAUAAAGACUUUAUGUUUCCGUCGAUUGUCGAACUUGUUCAAUAUUACUCUGAAAAUGUUAUUUUUGAGAAUAUGACUUUAAAAUAUCCUUAUAAAGCUUAAUGAAUUAAUUGAUUACUUAUAAAUUUCUUUAUUUUUACUUUCUAUUAUUUCAUAAUUCAUUGAAAUAAACAGAAUAAACUAUAACAAACAAAUAAAACCAAGCCUGAAUAUCACCAUGAUUUUCUAAAUGAUUCAGUGCUUUGUCUAGGAUUAUAGUUAUUUACAAAUAUCAUUCCCUUUCUAGUCACGAUAUAUAUAUAAAUGAUAUGCAUUUAUAUCCUGUACAAACCAUUUGUUUUACUUUGAAGAUAGAGAAAAUUGCUUCCUGCUCCUACUAAAAUUUGAGAUGAUUUGAAGCUAAUAGUAAAUAAAUUGAAUUUUCCUUUGUUUUUGUUUUUGUUGUUCUAUUUUGCACCUAAAGACUUCAUUUAUCUUCAGAUAUGAUUAACUAUUUCGUAAUUAAACGAAUUAACACGAAUAUUAAUUGUCUAUUCUAUAGAACAAGCUUGGAAAUGUUAUUUAAAAAUUUCAAUACUUUAACCAUAGAAUUCGUA